AUGCCGCCAGCAAAGAAAGAGCCCAAGGACAAGGAAAAGAACACACACAAGCUCGCUCUGAAAGGCUCUUCCAAAACAGUCACAGAAUUUNUUUCCCAAGACGAUCAAGUCAAAGCAUACAUCAAGAAGAUCAUGUCACAGUUGAACAAGUGGAUGCUCAAGUCGAAAAUCUCAAAACUCAUCAUUGUCAUUACCAGUAAAGAGACUGGUGAACCUGUCGAAAGGUGGCAGUUUGACGUUGACUCCAAGAAGAAGAGCUCAAGCAAGACCGUCGACGAGAACGCUGCCAGCACAACCGAGCAAGCACCUGAGAAAUCCGAACAAGACGUGCAACAGGAAAUCCAAUCCAUCUUCCGUCAAAUCACAGCAUCCGUUACUUUUUUGCCCAUGCUCGACGGCAACUGCACCUUCAACGUAUUGGUCUAUGCCGAUCAAGACUCAGAGGUUCCUCUCGAGUGGGGUGAUAGCGAUGCAAAAGACAUCCAAGAUGCCGAGAAGGUGCAACUACGCAGCUUCUCUACGAACAACCACAAGGUCGAUACUCUUGUGAGCUACAGAUUGGCCGAAUGA